GAAAGUAUCAGCUGAUUUGAGUCACAGUCUGUUCUGCCUUUGAUAGGUGAAGAGGUGAAGACAUGGGAUUGUUCCAGUCUGUUUUUGACAAAUCACUGAAUCCUGGAGACCUGAUCGAGGUCGACCGUGGGAAUUAUAACGACUGGGCCGUUUACAUCGGAGGAAAUGAAGUGGUUCAUUUUGUUACAAAUGAUUCUGGUUCAGACAGGACUUCCUCUAAUGCAGAGGUGAAGUGCGAGAAGCUCAGUGACGUGCUCAAAGGUAACAGCUACAAAGUCAACAAUCUUCUGGACGACAAGUACGAGCCUCGCGACCCUGACGACAUCGUGAAAGACGCACGCAGCAGGAUUGGUCGGAAGUACAGAGUCGUCAAUUAUAACUGCAAAGACUUUGCAACCGAGCUGCGAUACGGCAAACCAGAGUCACGGGAGCCUAAAAAGAAUCCUGGAGACCUGAUCGAGGUCAACCGUGGGAAUUAUAGCCACUGGGCUGUUUACAUCGGAGGAAAGGAAGUGGUUCAUCUUGUUCGAAAUGAUUCUGCUUCAACGACCAGUUUUUCACCAUCUGGCCAGACGUCUUCAAAAUCAGAGGUGAGGUGCGACAAGCUCAGUGACGUGCUCAACGGCGACAGCUACCAAGUCAACAAUCUUCUUGACGACAAGUACAAGCCUCGCAACCCUGACGACAUCGUGAAAGUGGCCAAGAAGAGGAUUGGACCGUCAAAGUACGAUGUCGUCAUUUCUAACUGCGAACACUUUGCGACAGAGAUGCGAUACGGCACACCAGUGUCAAGACAGGUAAAAAAAUGGGGAGGAGCAGUAUUGGUAGGAGUAGCAACAGGAGGAGGAGCAGCAGCAGCCACAUUUGCAGCAGGAGCAGCAGUAGCAGUAGUGUCUGUUGUUGGGGUGUUGUCUGGGGGGGUAGGGGUGGUAGUAGGGCUAACUGUGGUUGGGCUGUCACAAGAGAGGAAAAAAAAAUAAAAAGAUUGAUCUUGUCUUUCCAAAUGAUUUUAUGUUGAUCUUUUGCAGGUAAAUGCCGGAGCAAUGUUUUUGGUGUGGUGGUGUUUGUGGGGGUAGUGCUGAUAGUACAGCUAGUGCUGUCGUCAUGAGACGGGAAAAAGAAACAAGGACAUGAUGACACAACACAACAAGAAGCAGAAGCAACACAAAAAUCACACAUAUAAAACUUAUAAUUAUUAUGUUAUAAAUUGAAUUCUAUUGAUUCUAAAUCAGAAAGUCUGUCUUGAUUAAACAUUUAAGUGUUAUAUUAUUCUGUAAAUGUUAAACUACAUGUGAUUACAUAUUCACUGUAUUAACGUUUAUCAAAUCAUGUGACUUUUCCAUAAACAUGAAAGUUUCCUUCAUGUGUCACUAUGUUGCCUCUUGCAGUAAGUGUUUUCCCGUGUGUGCGUGGGUUCCCUGUGAUGGACCGUGACCUGUCCAGGGUGUGACUCUGGGAUUGGCACCAGCAGCCCCCGUGACUGUGGAAUGUGGAGGAUGAAGCCUCUGAGAUCCAAAGAGGUCAAAGAGACAUUUUGUCCACAUAAAUUCAGAUUGAAAUUAAAAGGAAACUUCCUGUUUCCACAAACAAAUUCCACUUAACACUAAUAGUAGAAAUGUCAGGCCAUUCUGAUGUGGCAUUUCAAAGUAAAAGCCCUCUAAAUUUGCAGAAUUUAUCUAUAUUCCAUCCAGUGGCUGGUGAUUACAAAAUGUUGUUACGUGUGUGUGUGUGUCUGUCUGUCUUUGACAUGCCUUAUCAGCAACAACAGAUGAUGAAGCACGCAACGAAGAAAGCGCGUCCAUCCUGCAACCAGUGGACUUACCCGCCUAAAAUGAUUCCUGGAGACCUGAUCGCGAUCGAUCGUGUGGUACAUAAGCACUGGACCGUUUACAUCGGAGAAGAUGAAGUGGUUCAUCUUGUUCCAAAUUAUAUUCGUUCUUCAGAAGGAGAGGUGAGGCGCGACAAGCUCAGUGACGUGCUCAACGGCGACAGCUACCAAGUCAACAAUCUUCUGGACGACAAGUACAAGCCUCGCGACCCUGACGUCAUCGUGAAAGAGGCCAAGAAGAGGAUUGGACCGUCAAAGUACGAUGACGUCAAUUAUAACUGCAAACACUUUGCGACAGAGAUGCGAUACGGCAAACCAGAGUCAAGACAGGUAAAAUAUUAGGGAGGAGCAGCAGUAGUAGGAGUAGCAACAGGAGUAGCAACAGGAGGAGGAGCAGCAGCAGCAACAUUGGCAGCAGGAGCAGCAGCAGUAACAUUGGCAGCAGGAGCAGCAGUAGCAGCAGUGUCUGUUGUUGGGGUGUUGUCUGGGGGGGUAGGGGUGGUAGUAGGGCUAACUGUGGUUGGGCUGUCACAAGAGAGGAAAAAAAAAUAAAAAGAUUGAUCUUGUCUUUCCAAAUGAUUUUAUGUUGAUCUUUUGCAGGUAAAUGCAGGAGCUAUGUUUUUGGUGUGGUGGUGUUUGUGGGGGUAGUGCCGAUAGUACAGCUAGUGCUGUCGUCAUGAGACGGGAAAAAGAAACAAGGACAUGAUGACACAACACAACAAGAAGCAGAAGCAACACAAAAAUCACACAUAUAAAACUUAUAAUAAUUAUGUUAUAAAUUGAAUUCUAUUGAUUCUAAAUCAGAAAGUCUGUCUUGAUUAAACAUUUAAGUGUUAUAUUAUUCUGUAAAUGUUAAACUACAUGUGAUUACAUAUUCACUGUAUUAACGUUUACCAAAUCAUGUGACUUUUCCAUAAACAUGAAACUUUCCUUCAUGUGUCACUAUGUUGCCUUUUACACUAAGUGUUCUCCCGUGUAUGUGUGGGUUCCCUGUGACGGACAGUGACCUGUCCAGGGUGUGACUCUGGAAUUGGCACCAGCAGCCCCCGUGA